AACCCUAAUAAAUCCCCAUUUUCUUUUACUUUUUACAAAAUGAUUCUCUUCAAAAUUCCACCAAAACAAAUUGAAAGAUAAAAAAACUAAAGAGAGAGAGAGAGAGAGAGAAAAAGUAAAUAAAUAAGAAUUUAGUUUUAGACACAUAGGUAACAAACCAAGGUCAAGGAGGUCACAACACAAAGUUUCAUUUUCAUUUUUCAUUUUUCAAUUUUCAAUUUCACAAGUCACCUAAGGGGUCCAUCUAUUUUCCUCUCUAAAAAAACUGGGUUGUAGCUGUUUUACGAUGUUGUGGUAAAAGAUAGCGUUUUUUUGUUCAAGUGUAGUUAUAUACGACAUUGCUUUGUGUCGUUUUGAAGUUUUCAUUGCUGUGUUAAAGAAUGCUUGGUGAUGGAAGAAAAGUUGAUUUGUAUAAGCUGUUAAAUGUGGUUAAGGGGAAAGGUGGGUAUGAGGCUGUUUGCAAUGGAGAGUUGUGGGAUUUGGUUGGGGAAGAAUGUGGGUUGGGUGUGCAUGUUGGGUCGUCUUUGAAACAGGUUUAUAGUAAGUAUAAGAGUGUUUUGGAUGCUUGUAUGAAGAAAGUUAGUGACGGUAAGGUAUCUGAUGAGUGUGGUUUGAUGGAGUUGGAAGCCGAAGUGAAAGGGUUGUUGUCGAAUCAGAUUGAGAAUGUGGUGGCUGGGGAGGAAGUUAAGGGUGGAGUUGAUGGUGGUAAUGAGGUUAAGAAUUUGAAUUUGGAGUCUACUGAGGAGAAAGAAGUGAAAGGUCACAAUGGAGGUUCUCGUGGUUUGGAAGUGACAAACCCGGGGAUGAUUGAUGAAUCCGAUGUUGGAAAAUUGUGCGAGGGUAAUGAUGGAAUGGAAGUAGUUGAAGAGGUUGAUGGAGGAAAAAUUUCUAUUGAGCCGACGGUGGAUGCUUCUGAUGUGGUGAAGAGUGGUGAGUCGUCUGGAUUAUUGAAUGUUGUAGGUGAGAAUCGUGAUGAUGGUACUGGUGGUAAUAGUGUCUCGGUAUUGGAUUCGUCUAGUGGUGAUGGAGGGAGUUCUGGUUUUAAGAGAAAGAGAGAAUCUUUGUUUGAUUUGCUGAGUUGGGUUACUGACGCUGCGAAAAACCCUUGUGAUCCUGCAAUUGGUUACAUGCCUGACAAGUCGAAGUGGAAGUCUAACAGUAGUCAGGAGGCUUGGAAGCGGGUUUUGUUGUUUCGAGUGGCUGUGUUUCACAAAAAAGAGUCGAGCAUUGAACAGCAUAAUUGGCAGAGUCAGAAGAUGCACCCUAGCAUGUAUGAUGAUCCUAUUCAGACAACCUACAAUCUUAGAGAAAGGUUGAAACGCGGCAAGAAGCUAUUAUAUGGAACACAUUCACCAACUUCACGAAGCUCGUCAAAUUCAUCUAUAGGAGCUGAAGGAGAUUUGGACAGAACACCAAGUCCUCGUACCAAUGAUCGCGCUGAGAAUCAGUUGCUUGAUGCCCCGCGUGCACCUUCUGGUUCUGUUAGGUAUCCAUUGAGGCAUACCCGUGCGGGGCGAUGUUAUCAAGCUGCAUUGCCAGAGUGGACUGGCAUGACUUCUGAAAGUGAUCCUAAGUGGUUCGGAACCCAAGUAUGGCCAUCGGAAAUGGGGAAAUCCAGAUUUCUUAUCGAAAGGGAUCCGAUAGGAAAGGGAAGAGAAGAUUCUUGUGGCUGCUCAGUGCCGGGUUCUGUUGAGUGUGUCAGAUUCCACAUUUCUGAGAAAAAGGCCAAGGUUAAGCUUGAGUUAGGUGUGGCUUUUUACAAAUGGAAUCUCGACAAGGUCGGUGAAGAUGUUAGGCAUUCUUGGACCGAUGAAGAAGAGAAAAAUUUCAGGGAAGUGAUACAGGCGAACCCUCCAUCAUCUGAGAGAUAUUUCUGGGAUCAUAUUUUUCAGGCAUUUCCUAUGAAGAGCAGGGCAGCUUUAGUUAGCUACUACUUCAAUGUCUAUCUUUUGCAACUUCGAGCAUACCAGAAUCGGUAUACACCUGAUAAAAUUGAUAGUGAUGACGAGGAAUCAGAAUGUGCAAUAAGGGACGUUUUCGGACAUCAGACCCAGAGUUCGCGUGGCUCCAUCUUAUUGACCCGCAGUAAGUCACAGUCAAAGAGAAAACAGCCAAAGUGAAUAUUCAUCAACAUAGGGCUUGGCCGAGAAUUCAUAUUUUUUUGAUAUAUUUGUGCUUCUUCCUUCACAUGCAUUUUUCACUAUCAAUGAAUUUUGCUGUCCUUUUUUAGAAUAUACAUCAUAGCUUUUAAAGGGUUAAAAAUUGGAAUUUGAAAGGUUGGUUUGUUUUUUUGGUAAAUUCAAGAAAGAUGGUGUUUUGAACAGUUUAGGUGUUGGAGAUUUUAGCCUACAAACAUAUGCUUCAGAUUUUGAGGUGUAAUUUUUGUCUGGCUACAGUGAUAUAUAGGAAUACAGUGACAUUUUAUUGUAGAGGGUCAUAUGAACAAAUUCAUCACAGUGUAAUUCAAAUUGCAGCUUUUCAUUUGAUAUUUCUUUCUUUGAAUGUGGUUUA